AAAGCUGCUAUGGACAAAAAUGAUAAAUAAUAGUUUGAUUUUAAUAUUAUUAAUAAAUUUAUUUAAUUUUUCCUAUGGGACACUAUCGAUAGUUGAAGGAGUUGAUAUCAGUAGCGAUAAUAAUAAUUUACCGGUCGCCGCAACUGCUUUUGUACAGACUGGUAAUGAACUGCAUUAUUUUUCUGAUAUUCAGUAUCAUGAAAAUCUUAUAGGAGCAGCGGCUGUUAAGAGUGAAGACAAUGAAUUUAUCUUAAAUAAUCAACUACAAUUCACUCCAAAGGAAUUAAAUUUUGGUGAACAGCCUUUGGGUGUCCCGCAAAUACUAAGAGUUCGAAUACACAAUCCAACUGCGUCAAAAGUACGUUUUGACGCGAUAUCUGGUUCAACUAUCCAUUUUCAUUGCUCUUUUCCCGAACACAAAACCAUCGAUGCGGGGGAGACAACAUUUUUCGAUGUUGUUUUCCUUCCUCGUCAAGAAAGUGUUAUUGAGAAUAGACUAUUUAUACAUUCAUCAUUGGGCGCAUUCACUUAUACGGUUAAAGGGAAAGGUGUGUCAAACCCAUAUCGAUUGCGACCAUUUAUUAGUGCUCGAAUACCUUUGAAUGGCACAUUUGUUUCAUCAAUAAAAUUGCAUAAUCCACAUUCAGAAAUGCUUCUUAUUACUGAAAUUUAUACCAGCGGAGGUGAAAUACAUUUGGAACUGCCUAACAUGUUAAAUGGUAUGAAUCAGAAAAGUGGUUUAUGGGAAAUUGAACCAUUUCAAACAAAAACUGUCAUAAAUGCAAAAAUUCUCGGUGCUCAUGAACGUAAUGGGACAGGUUUUUUGAAGAUCAAAACAGGUUUAAAAAAGAAUGAAAAAGAUGGAGUUUUUAAAUCGUCGUCAGUGGAAAAAUUUGAGGAAAAUUUGAUAGUACCUUUUGAGUUUGAAACCACGAAGAAACGUGGAGUUUUUUCUACAGUAGAUAUACUAGAUUUCGGUUUGAUUAAGCUUGGCGAGAAAUCAUCUCCAAUAAUACUGGAAGUUUUUUCAACUUUGGAAAAAGGGAUCGAAAUAGAAUCUUUGUAUGUAGAAAAAAUUAUUGAACCCAGCGGAAUUUACAUGGAAUUUGCUUCAAAACCACCAAUUAUGAUAAAAUCUGGUUUAAAACAAUUAAGUAAGAUCAUUUUGAAUAUUUUUGAUCUAUGUAUGAUUGAUUAUAUUGGUUGCCUAACCAAAAAAGUAACCAUUUCCCUAAAAAUUGCGACUCCUAUCGCUAAAUUAUUGUUUGAUUCAACUCUUCUACGACUUAAGCCAGAUGAUCCGCGAUUGAUUCGUUUCAAAGGUAAAAUUAUAGCGGAAAGCCGUGGUGGAAACUAUAAUGUUUCAGUGCCUUAUCUUGCCAUUGUAUAUUCGGGAACUUUAACGCAACGUACGAAUGAAACAACGUUUCAUGAUCUUGUGGAGCCACCUGUUUCUCGUAGCGUUACGUUGAAUAAUGGUCUGCCAUUCGGUAUAGCCAUUUGGAAUGUGUCUGUCGCUCCUAAUGCUAUGGGUUCUUUCACUGUGGAAUUGGUUAUGCCAGUGGUUAUACUUGGUGUUGAUGAAUCUCGGCCAGUAUUUCUCUUAAAAUAUGUGUCUAAGGAAAAUGACAGUUUUUCAUCAACUUGCAUUUUGCAUACGAACGUAUCGAUAUUCACCAUUCCUAUUAUUAUUUUUAAUGGCCGACUAAAAGUAAAAAUAUAUUCAAUUUAUCAAAAAGAAUUCAAUUUUGGUUUAUUGGAUUUGGGUGAUUCUCGUUCAAUACAGUUUGUUAUAUCGAAUGAAAACCCAGUUCCUGUUACGAUUAAGAAAUUAAAGAAAGCCAUGUCUGCGAUGUCAUCAUUGCGUUUAUUGAAUAUUGCAUCAGGAAAUGCAACCGAUCUAAAGAAUUCCCAGAAUCAAGUUCAACAAAAUUCAUGGCAAGAAGGUCUCAGUCUGGAAUUGCCGGCUCAAAGUUUUGCGGUUUUCGAAUAUUCAUUAACUGUAAAAUCACAGUCUUCAGAUCCACUCGGUUUAUUUAUGAUCGAAACAGAUUUUGAACAAAUGUCGUUUCCUGUUGUGUACAAACUGGAGAAGGGAUCAAUUAUAUUAAAUCCAGAUCAUAUUUUAUUUGGAAACGUUUUUCCUGGUAAAAUAUGCUUCAAAAAUCUCCAGGUAUACAGCACAUUUCAACACGAUAUGCAAUUAUUACGAUUGUCGACUCUUUCUUACGAUCCAAGAAUACAUUUUGAAAAAUAUUCCGCCAGUAAUAUUCCAGUUGUUAGAGCUGAUCAGAUCACUGAUCUUGGUAGAGUGUUUGUUAUACCUGAAGCUAUUUGUAAAGAUGAUUGCUAUGUUGGCGUUCCACUGCAUACAGCCGAUGGUCAGUGGUUCACAUAUGGCAUACGACUGCCUCAAAAUCUCGCUGAAAUCGACUAUUAUUUAUACAAAAAGCUACGAAAAAAGUUUUUGAUGCUGAAAGCAAAUAAUGAAUUAUUGAUUAACACAACAAUAGUCGUCGAUACUCAGGAGGUGAUGAAUUUAUUUAUACCAAUACAGAUUGAAUUUAUUUGGCCACGGCUUUUGACUAAAUCUGUGGUAGAUUUCCCACUUACUGCCGUUGGAAAUUUCACGAUAGUGAAUUUGACGUUAACGAAUCCUUCUUCUCUUCCCAUCGUUGUGCAGCUACUACCAUUAGUUAUUUAUCCAGAUGCAGAAGCGCUUGUGGAGUUUUUUCGCGAUGAACUACCCUCUCCAUUAUUUGAUCCUAUCGAAGUAAAUGAAACGUUAAUGUUCUCAUUGCGUGAUACGGAAUUGUUCACUUUAAAGCAAGAUAGCCCUGUACCGAAAUUGAGAGAAGAAUUGGAGGGAAUUCUUGGGACAAGUAUACCGAAGUUUACUCUAUCAAUGUUAUUGCAACCUGGAAUGAAAGUUCGAGUGCGAGUGGGUUUUCUGCCAUCCGAUUAUACUCUUCGAUCUUCAUUAUUAAAUAAUUUGACUAUUAUUGAACCUGUUAUUUUGUAUGGUCGUGGAGCACGAAUGGAUAUGCAAGUGGAUGGACAUUCUGCAAGGACAUUAAAUCCUUUGAUGUUCGAAAUACAAGGCCAUCAUUUAGCUGAUUGCCAUAAUCCUAAGCGUUUGACUCACAAGUUGUUCACAACUCUUACUGUGAAGAGGUCGUUUGUAGUGGCAAAUACCGGUGAAGUACCUUUUACUGUGGUAAAUAUGAGCCUUAAUAAUGUGCCAUGUGAGAAUAGAGGUUUUAGAAUUCUCAAUUGUCAUAUGUUCCAGUUAGCGCCUAAUGAAACCUAUAUUCUUGAUAUAGCGUACACUCCUGACUUUUUGAUGUCUUGGAAUGAAGCAGCUCUACAGUUUUAUAUGCAUAUGAAUGGUACAUCUUGGUUAUUUCCUAUUGGAGCUUCUAUCCCAAAACAUAUGUUAGCAAAGUGUCACGCUGCAUUGCCUCGACCACCUUUUGAGAGUAUCAUAUUUUGUUUGAUUUGUGUCGUGGCGUGCGCUUAUUUGGAGGGUGACCGUACAAUAACAUGCGCUAUUAAGCAGCAGUAUGCUCAGACAAGACGAGUUUUCGAUUUAAAUGCCCUCGAUGGCGAUUUUUCCAGUAUUACGGAUAAGAGACAAAAUGCACUAAAUUCAAAAAGCCCGAUUCGUUCUUCACCUCGACGGCAUGUUUUGCAUUAUGCAAAAGAUUCCAAUAUUUUGAUUCGAUCAUUCUGGCAAACAGCAAAUGGUGUACUUUGGUUGUUUUCUUUCAUUUGGCAGUUUCGCAAUGAUCAGGUGCCAUCUUCGCAAGCAAAAUCAGUUGUUUCGAAAAAUGAUGAAAUAAUCUGUGAUCAAGAAAAGCUGGAGCGUUGUCAAGCACGAGAAUCAUCCCUUGUUAAUGAUACCAUAUCAGAAGCGGGUUUAAGUGAUUCAGGAGCACCGGAAUGGAUAAACACAUCUCCAAUUAAUAUGUUUGACUAUGAUGUUGAGGAUGAUUACAAUGCUUUGGUGUCUGCAUCUGAGCUCUUAUUUGAUUCUCAAAUUCCUUUUCGUCGUUUGCAUGUGGAAGAAAAUCGAGUGCCAGUUUGCAGCUGUGAACAUACGAAUUAUCGCGACACUUUUCAUUCAUCAGAAUAUCAAUUACUUAAUAAACCGGAUGGAAGACAACCAAGCGCUUUUAUGCAACAAUUACAACGGGAGCGUAAAGUAGCGGAAGCAAAAUAUCUGGCAGAAAGAAAGAUGGAAAACUUUGCUGAUGAAAUUCUAGAGGAACCGAAUGAGAUUUGGCCUGGCUUUAACCUCUCCUUUUCAUCUAUAACACCAGGCUUCUUCGACAGUGAUUCGGGAAGAAAAGACAACAGUGAAAGCAUAUGGCAGUUGCCUGGAAGUUCUUCGACCUCGAAAAAUUCGCCAGAAGAUUUGUCUAAUGCAGUUAGAUCUUUUCGUCUUAAUCCGGAGGCUCCUCCAUUUAUUAGUGCAAAUACGCGUUUGAAGCAACAGCAGAUCGUGAAAAAUGGUAAUCUUCAUUACAUUUUAAAAAAUUUGGAAUGUAAUUUAUGA